GGCUUUAUUUAACCCCCCUCCCAAAAUCAACUCGUCAGUUUUCACUCAAACUAACGUUUAAUAACUGUCUGUCGUAUGAAUAUGUCAAUCUCGAACAUAAAUUAACGUUCUUUAACUUAGGGCACACCACCUGUUUACUCAGGGGAGGUCGCACUGUGAUGACGUCACAGCGGGGUCCUCCAUGAGCUACUGUCUCCACGUGAGUGAAAACAAUGGCAACAGUCCGUAAAAAGGUAGACAACCGCAUCCGUGUGCAGAUAGAGAAUGGCGUGGCACUGCAGCACCGCACCAUGUUUGUGGUGGUUGGAGAUCGUGGAAGAGACCAGGUUGUCAUCCUGCAUCAUAUGCUGUCCAAAGCCUGUGUGAAAGCACGACCCUCAGUUCUGUGGUGCUACAAGAAGGAUCUAGGCUUCAGCAGCAAUCGCAAGAAGCGCAUGAAACAGCUGCAGAAGAAGAUCAAAACAGGAACGCUGAAUCUGAACCAGGACGACCCCUUUGAACUGUUCAUAGCUGCCACCAACAUACGCUACUGUUACUACAACGAAACUCACAAGAUCCUGGGAAACACCUUUGGCAUGUGUGUUCUACAGGACUUUGAGGCUCUUACACCAAACCUCUUAGCCCGAACCAUAGAGACAGUAGAAGGAGGUGGGAUUGUGGUGAUUCUGCUGCGGACAAUGAACUCUUUAAAGCAGCUGUACACCAUGACCAUGGACGUUCAUUCUCGGUACAGGACAGAAGCUCAUCAGGACGUUGUUGGACGCUUCAAUGAGAGGUUCAUCCUGUCUCUCUCAUCCUGCAAAAAUUGUGUUGUCAUUGACGACCAGCUCAACAUCCUCCCCAUCUCCACCCACAUGGCCAACAUCAAACCUGUUCCUCCAAAGACUCAGGAGGACGGUUUGUCUCCGCUAGAGCAGGAGCUGAAGGACCUGAAGGAGUCUCUUCAGGACACUCAGCCUGUGGGUGUGUUGGUGGAUCGCUGCAAGACCAUGGACCAGGCAAAGGCAGUGCUGAAGUUUAUUGAAGGGAUCUCUGAGAAGACUCUGAGGAGCACAGUGACUCUGACCGCCGCUCGUGGUCGUGGAAAGUCUGCAGCUCUGGGGUUGGCUGUAGCUGCAGCAGUGGCUUUUGGCUACUCCAACAUCUUUGUGACGUCACCGAGUCCAGACAACCUCCACACCAUGUUUGAGUUCAUCUUUAAAGGCUUUGACGCUCUGCAGUAUCAGGAGCAUCUGGACUAUGAAAUCAUCCAGUCGUUGAAUCCGGAGUUUAACAAAGCCGUGGUGCGGGUUAACAUCUUCAAAGAGCAUCGGCAGACCAUUCAGUACAUCCACCCAGGUGAUGCAGUCAAACUGGGCCAGGCCGAGCUGCUGGUCAUUGAUGAGGCUGCAGCCAUCCCUCUGCCCCUGGUGAAGAACCUGCUGGGCCCUUAUUUGGUUUUCAUGGCCUCAACUAUUAACGGGUAUGAGGGAACCGGACGCUCCCUCUCCCUGAAGCUGAUUCAGCAGUUGAGGCAGCAGAGUGCCGACAGUCAGCAGAGCCUGUCGGCAGAGAACAGGACCACCAACACAGCCAGGCUGGCAGCAGCUCGCUCUCUGCAUGAGGUUUCCCUCCACGAGUCCAUCAGGUACUCUCCAGGAGACGCAGUGGAGAAGUGGCUGAAUGACCUGCUCUGUCUGGACUGUCUCAACAUUCCCAGGCUCAUUUCGGGCUGCCCACUCCCUCAGACAUGUGACCUAUACUACGUGAACAGAGACACUCUCUUCUGUUACCACAAAGCGUCCGAGGCCUUCCUGCAGAGACUGAUGGCUCUUUAUGUGGCUUCUCACUACAAGAAUUCCCCCAACGACCUGCAGAUGUUGUCUGAUGCUCCGGCUCAUCACCUCUUCUGCCUCCUGCCGCCUGUCCCUCCUACACAGAACUCCCUGCCUGAAGUGCUCGCCGUCGUGCAGGUUUGUCUGGAGGGAGAAAUAUCCCGACAGUCCAUCCUGAACAGUCUGUCCAGAGGGAAGAAGGCGUCUGGUGAUCUCAUUCCUUGGACCGUUUCAGAACAAUUCCAAGACCCAGAGUUCGGCAGCCUCUCUGGAGCACGUGUGGUGCGAAUAGCUGUCAACCCAGACUACCAGGGGAUGGGUUACGGCUCCAGGGCCCUGCAGCUCCUGCAGAUGUACUACGAGGGCAAGUUUCCCACCAUGGACGAGAGCGCCAACGCCAGUCACAAGGAGAUCACCUCCGUCAGCAGUGAGGCCGUCAGUCUUCUGGAGGAAGUCAUUACUCCACGGAAGGAGCUGCCUCCACUGCUGCUGAAGCUGAGUGAGAGGAGAGCAGAGCGGCUGGAUUAUUUAGGAGUCUCCUAUGGCCUCACCACACAGCUGCUCAAGUUCUGGAGAAAAGCAGGUUACACUCCAGUCUACCUGAGACAAACCCCCAAUGACCUGACAGGAGAGCACUCCUGUGUGAUGCUGAAGGAGCUCAACACUGAAGAAGCUCCAGAGCAGAGCCAGUGGCUCUCUGCCUUCUGGAAAGAUUUCCGCCGUCGCUUCCUGUCCCUCCUCUCCUACCAGUUCAGCCGAUUCCAUCCCAGCCUGGCCCUCAGCAUCCUGCAGAACAAAAAGUCCAAGGAGGAGAUGAGCAUCCUCAGCAGCUCUGAGCUGGCGGCUCAUUUCAGCCCCUACGACCUGAGGCGUCUGGAGUUGUAUUCCAGGAGCAUGGUGGAUUAUCACCUCAUCAUGGAUCUGAUCCCAGCGGUUGCACGCUUGUUCUUUCUGAAGCAGCUGGGUGACAUCUCGCUGUCGGCAGCACAGUGUGCCUUGCUGCUGGGCGUUGGGCUGCAGCAUAAGUCGGUAGACGACCUGGAGAAGGAACUCGAUCUCCCGAGUUCACAGCUCAUGGGUCUUUUCAACCGGCUUGUUCGCAAAUUUGUGCAAAGUUUUACCAGCAUCCAAGAAAAGGCUGUUGAGGCAGAGAUGACGGAAAGUAAAGACGUGAGCAUGGAGCCGACGGUGAAAAGUCUUAGUGAUGAUCUGACUGAAGCGGCUAAAGAGUUCGAGGAGCAACACAAGCAGGAUUUGGAAAAAGUGAAGGAAAUGGACUUGGAGCAGUACAGGAUCCGGGGGAAUGACGAGGAGUGGGAUCAGGUGUUGAAGACAGCAGGGGGCACAGCCGUCGUCAGCAUUAAGAGUGACAAGAAGAGAAAGCUGGAUGGAGGAAAGAUAGCCCAGAGCAAUGGAAAUCCUCCUCAGCACGGCAAAAUGAAAAAGAAGGAAAUGCAGCACGGCAAAUUCAAGAAAAACAAGGACAAGCACGGCAAAUUUGGGAAAAAGGCCUGACCGCAGUUCCACUCACUGUCAUGGAAACACCUGCGGCUGUAAAUCUGUCCACUUCUGUCUGAGCUGCUCCUUCACCACCUCCGGUGCAAACGUACAGUCUAUGGCCUGCUGCGAGAGUUUCCACAUGGCUUCACGACUGAGACCAAAGGUGGACGCUGCCAGCUGAUACUCCUGAGACAAUUCUGUACAGAAGACUCCUUUAUCGUCAGUCUGGUAUGACACAGAAUUAAGAUUGUAUUUAGUAAACAUGACAAUGUUCAAGUGAAACCUUGAAAAUUGCAGUUGUUACUUGUGUAAAGAAACUCUGAUGCAGCAAAGACAUUUGAGAUUUCCAUACUGUUGAAGACCCAUUUGUUAAAACUUAUUCCAGAAAAUAAAUUUUUUUUUUCAACAAUUUA